AAGGUACGAAAUGGAUUUCUUUUCCCUCGCUUUUUUUCGGGGAAAAAAUAUCCCCUCCACACCAACACCGUGAACUUUGAAGCAACAAUGGCGAAAAUCGCUUGCCAGCACCUUAUUCCCAUUUUGGGUUCCCCUCUAAAGUAUUCUUUCUGCAAAACCCACUUUCUACAAUUGCGGAAUUCCACAGGAAAUGCUAAUCUCAUCGACAGACCUGUCUUUAGGAGGCGAUUCUCUUCUUCAUCAACGAUAAGCAUGAGCUUGAAAGCUGGCAUCGUAGGACUUCCCAACGUCGGGAAAUCUACUCUCUUUAAUGCUGUCGUUGAGAACGGAAAAGCUCAAGCUGCUAAUUUUCCUUUUUGCACCAUAGAGCCCAAUGUUGGGAUUGUUGCAGUUCCAGAUCCACGUCUGCAAGUGCUUUCUGAUCUCAGCAAAUCUCAACGUAUUGUCCCUGCUUCUAUUGAAUUUGUAGAUAUUGCUGGGCUUGUAAAAGGAGCCAGUCACGGGGAGGGGUUGGGGAAUAAAUUCCUCUCGCAUAUUCGUGAGGUUGACUCAAUACUUCAGGUAGUGCGCUGUUUUGAGGAUAAUGACAUUGUUCAUGUAAAUGGAAAAGUUGAUCCAAAGUCCGAUAUUGAUAUCAUCAACUUAGAGCUAAUUUUCUCAGAUUUGGAUCAGAUUGAGAAAAGAAUAGAGAAACUAAAAAAGGGCAAAGCAAAAGAUUCACAAUCAAAAUUGAAGGAGGAAGCAGAAAAAUCUGCUUUGGAACAAAUUAGGCAGGCACUUAUGGAUGGAAAACCGGCACGUGCAGUAACUCUAACAGAUUUUGAAAAGGAAUCCAUAAAGAAUCUUUGUUUACUCUCAAUGAAACCAGUCAUAUAUGUAGCUAAUGUAGCAGAAUCUGAUCUUGCUGAACCUAAUGAUAAUCCUCAUGUCAAAGAAGUGACAAAGCUUGCAUCUGACUUACAAUCUGGACUAGUAACAAUCUCAGCACAGGUUGAAUCCGAGCUUACGGAACUUCCAAUUGGAGAAAGGGUUGAGUAUUUGAAGUCUCUUGGUGUAAAUGAAAGUGGUCUUGGAAAUCUUAUUAGAGCAACAUAUGGCCUGUUGGGGCUACGUACAUACUUCACAUCUGGAGAGAAGGAAACAAAAGCAUGGACAAUACUUGCUGGAAUGACAGCACCUCAAGCUGCUGGAAUUAUUCAUUCUGACUUUGAGAAAGGCUUCAUUCGAGCUGAAACGGUUGCUUAUGAUGAUUUUGUUGCAGCAGGUUCAUUUGCAGCUGCAAGAGAGAAAGGACUUUUAAGAUCCGAGGGGAAAAGUUAUGUAGUGCAGGAGGGAGAUGUAAUGCUCUUUCGGUUCAAUGUUUGAUCUGAAUGCCGUUGGAGAACUAGAACUAAAUAUCAAGAAAAAACAGGGCACAAUUCUAUUUAUUCACGGCAUUUGAAAUUUUGGGAUGAAUUGAGGUGACAGGUGAUCUUGGAAGCAGGGUUGGCUGACUGCAAUAUGUAUCACAAAGAAAAUUACAAUUUUUUCUAGUACAAUGAAUUUACUCGGGUCUAUUUCAAAAUUUUCGGUUGUUCUGUGAAAAAUUGGAAGAAAUUUUGAAAACAAAAUGAUGAUUGAAGGGUUUCGGUUAGUUUGUUCAGUGGUCACUAAUUUCACAUACCAAAGCAAAAUGGACAUUAUGGUUUCAGGAAGCAUUCUUUGAUAUUUAUCCAAUUAUUUGUUUCAGAAAGCAUUGUAUUGUAAUAAUGUUGAACGAUAGACACUAUACCAAAGCAAAAUGGGUGAGGACGUGUCUACUCAGUUUUGUUCUAAA